AACUGCUCACUCCCAGGGAGACUGGGAGACAGGGUUGCCGGUGAAAGGGGAGAGGAUCCCAAAUACUGCUGCAGGUCUCACCACCCCCAGAUUAUUUUCGAGCGGACGGUGGGCCGUGGAGACAGCCGAUUGUUGGCAAGGAAGGGGCCAGGCACAGGAGGAGCCUCCAGGGGUUGGGGUAGCUGGCACUGGGAACGUGCUUUAGGGACGACACCCCGAAAGUGAGUCCAGCUGGGGAAAGAAACUGCGGGCCCCUGGGGUGAUCCAACUGGAGAGAAGUGGGCGGGAGAAAACUUUAUUGGAAGGUACAGGCCAAACUUUGCUGGGGCAGCGAGGGCCGCUCGCUCGGAGAGGGAGGAUCCACCGGUCUGUGCCGCGGGAGGGCGCAGGGCGCGGGCCGGCUGGGGAGGGGGCCGGGGCCCGAGGCGGAGUUCGGCGCGCCGCCAGGCUGGUGGGGGGGCCCCCCCCCGACGGGCUGCAGAUUCCCUCCGGCUCCCGGGAGCCGCGGCAGGACCGGCCAGGAGGAGCCAUGGAGGGGAGCCCCAUCCCGGUGCUGACCGUGCCCACGGCACCCUACGAGGACCAGCGGCCAACCGGCGGUGGCGGGCUGCGGCGGCCCACCGGUCUUUUCGAGGGCCAGCGCAACUACCUGCCCAACUUCAUCCAGAGCGUGCUGUCGUCCAUCGACCUGCGCGACCGCCAGGGAUGCACCAUGGUGGUGGGCAGCGACGGCAGGUACUUCAGCAGGACAGCCACGGAGAUCGUGGUGCAGAUGGCUGCGGCCAACGGGAUUGGACGACUGAUUAUUGGACAGAAUGGCAUCUUGUCAACACCUGCUGUUUCCUGCAUUAUCAGAAAGAUCAAGGCAGCUGGUGGAAUCAUCCUGACAGCCAGCCACUGCCCCGGAGGACCAGGGGGAGAGUUUGGAGUGAAGUUUAAUGUUUCCAAUGGAGGUCCUGCACCAGACGUUGUCUCAGACAAAAUUUAUCAGAUCAGCAAAACAAUUGAGGAAUAUGCUAUAUGUCCUGAUCUUCGAAUUGACCUUUCUCGGCUAGGAAGACAAGAAUUUGACCUGGAGAACAAAUUCAAACCAUUUAGAGUGGAGAUAGUGGACUCCGUGGAUAUCUAUCUCAAUCUCCUUCGGACCAUCUUUGACUUUAAUGCCAUCAAAAGUUUGCUGACUGGGCCUGGCCAGCUGAAGAUCCGAGUCGAUGCGAUGCACGGGGUUAUGGGGCCCUAUGUGAGGAAAGUCCUGUGUGAUGAACUGGGUGCCCCAGCCAAUUCUGCAAUAAACUGUGUUCCCUUGGAAGAUUUUGGUGGGCAGCAUCCUGACCCAAACCUGACAUACGCAACAACCCUUCUGGAAGCUAUGAAAGGAGGGGAAUACGGAUUUGGAGCUGCAUUUGAUGCGGAUGGGGACCGUUACAUGAUCCUAGGCCAAAAUGGCUUCUUUGUGAGCCCUUCCGACUCCCUGGCCAUCAUCGCUGCCAACCUCUCCUGCAUUCCAUAUUUCCGUCAGAUCGGGGUCCGAGGGUUUGGAAGGAGUAUGCCCACUAGCAUGGCCCUGGACAGAGUGGCCAAAUCAAUGAAGGUCCCUGUAUAUGAGACCCCAGCUGGAUGGAGAUUCUUCUCAAACCUGAUGGACUCUGGACGGUGCUCUCUGUGUGGAGAAGAGAGCUUUGGCACUGGCUCUGAUCACCUCCGGGAGAAAGAUGGCCUUUGGGCUGUCUUGGUCUGGCUCUCCAUUAUCGCUGCCCGGAAGCAGAGUGUGGAGGAAAUUGUCCGAGAUCACUGGGCCAAGUUUGGCCGUCACUACUAUUGCAGGUUUGACUAUGAAGGACUAGAGCCCAAGACGACAUAUUACAUCAUGAGGGACCUGGAGGCGCUGGUCACAGACAAGUCCUUUAUCGGCCAGCAGUUUGCGGUGGGGAGCCAUGUCUACAGUGUGGCAAAGACAGACAGCUUUGAAUAUGUGGACCCUGUGGAUGGCACCGUGACCAAGAAACAGGGCCUGAGGAUCAUUUUCUCAGACGCUUCACGGCUCAUCUUCCGGCUCAGUUCCUCCAGUGGCAUGCGGGCCACCAUCCGACUGUACGCAGAGAGCUAUGAGAGGGAUCCCAGCGGUCAUGACCAGGAGCCACAGGCAGUGCUGAGCCCCCUCAUAGCCAUCGCGCUGAAAAUAUCCCAGAUUCACGAGCGGACCGGCCGGAGGGGUCCCACCGUCAUCACCUGAAGGAAGGAAGGAAGGAUCCCUCACCAGGGCCAAAGGAGAGCGCUGAGCAGGAGACACUUCACCCAUGCCUUCUUGCUACCUGUUUGUGCCUCUUAUGACUUUGGGGGGAAGGGAAGCACAAGAGCUAAUUUGCUGGUGGGGGUGGGAGGGAGUGGGUGGGACAAGAAAAACAUCUGUUUUGUUUGGCUGUUGGUCAGUUCUUCCAAAUGCAAUAGGGUCUUCAGUUGUCUGUAAAGCUGCACUGUCACGUGUUACUAUAUUAUCACACAAAGGAAACUCCCCUUUUGUGAAAGGGUAAGUGGGCUAGGAAUGUGUUAGUCACGACUCCUGGGCAUUGUUGGUCCCGCUGGGAAAAGGUUCUGAAAUAGAAUCGAGGAGAGCCCAGUGCCGGAGUCCAGCGGACCUGAGGCCACAGGUGCCCCUGGACAGACCUAAGAAAACACUCCUGGGCAUUGAGGAGCAUUCAACUUUACGUCCCAGGUCAGGUUUUCCAUCAGGAAAUUUGUAGGAGUCCUAAGAGCCCUCUUCACACCCGCCAACCCCUGACAGCCCACUCUCCCGCCUCUCCACCUCUGGGUCCCGUGCCACCUUCCCUCACAUCUUCUGGAGCGGUCUACCAAGCACAACGGCACACUUUUAACAAAACCUAUCAAAAGGCGUCUUCCUCUCUUAUUCUGUAAAUACUAGUUUAGCUAUGAAGCUGGCUGCAUCCCUUCAGAUUCAGCCUUUCAUGAUGCAGGUGGGAAACAGUUUCUUGGCAGGACUACGUAAAUGAACGCUUCACAUUUUUCGGACCCUUCCUUGAUUCCAUCACCUAGGGUGGCACAUGGGUUUAUACUCAUUCCUCUUGGGGAGACAAAAUGUCACCAUAUCUGCUAUUUCUCUCUCUGCUAUCUCAUCUCCCAAUAAAGGCCUGUUUUAAUGCACUGGUUUGGACACAGUUCAGCUCUUACCUAUAAAGGCUGUAAAAGGAGACAAUGAAACACUGUAAAAGUAGGAAAUGAAGUGGGCACAGGAGGAAAACCUUACUGGGGCUACAGAUAUGGGCAGAGUGGGGACCCCUGCUGGCAGAAGAGGGUCACAACAGGCUUUCUUUGCCCAGGAAAAGGAUAUUGCAGCUUUUAGCAGCCUCCCUCAGACUCUGCCAGGACGCUGGGUGCGCGGGACCUGUUUGCGUAUGUUUUGCUUCCUUGGGAACGGCACUCUCACUUGUGUCAUUUGCACAGAUGAUGUGGCGUGCUCUGACUGUUGAGCAGUUUGUUAUUGCUGUAGUUAAGAUUAGUGCAAGCAGAGAAACAUCCCCCACAAGGUGUCUGUUUCCAUUUUCUAUCCAUGCUUCUGUCAGAACCGUGCUAGGACAUUUAGUAUCCAAUAAACAAAAAAUUCCUUAUUUCAUCCUUA